AAAUAUCUCUAGUACACAGGCAGCUAACAGCACAAUCGGCCUUGGGUGUGGUACAAGCAGAGCCACACGAGUUUUGAAUUUCGGGUAAUGUAAGAAUCAUUGGAAAGGAAUUUCUGAGGUUACAAGAUAAGGAAGUGUGAAUCAGCCGUUCGAUCAAAGUGACCAUAGUGCGACGACGAAUUUUACAAACGAUAGAAUAUUUUCCAACUUAGUGUUAACAUUGGUCUAAAUUCUUUUUUAAAUAUACAUUUUUGGCUCACCGGAAAAAUGUCUAAUGUUAAUAAUUUGGAGCAACAUAUUGCAAACUUGCAAAUCAAUCAUGGCGAUAAUACAAUCAAAAUGGUUAAAUCUGGAAAGAAAGUUGGUCCUGCUGUACCACCAAAACCAAAAAAAUGUCAACCUCAGAUACCACAAAGUUAUUCAAUAAAGGCAGCACCAACACCAUCAUAUAGCACUGUACUCAAUAAUGCUGGAACAAAUGAAAAAUCUACAAACCUAUAUAUGAAUUCACCUUCUCCAUAUGUAUCAAUGAACAUGGAAAAAAAUGAUUUUAACAUACCAACAUUGACUAAUGGAAAAGAGACUGUGAAACUAUAUCAAAAUAAUGAAAAUUUCUAUGUACAUCAAACAAAAGAGAAGUUUGAACCUAAAUAUGGAUAUGAUGAGAAAAAUUAUUAUUCAAAUGUUGGAAAUUUACCAGCUCCUCAAGUGCCAGUAGAAGAUCGCAAUGAUAGAGCUACAAAUAGUGCAGUAUAUAGUAAUGUUGAAUCUCCAGCACCUAUUUCUGUUCCUGUACCAAAAAAAACAGAGAAAGAUAUCAUUUACAGUAAUAUACAAUGGAAUCCAAAAUCAGAGAAUACUUACAGUAAUCUUCCACCUACUCAUACCAGUGACGACUUACCACCACCUCCUGAGCCUUCAGAAUACGUUGCUUGCAUUCCAGGAAAUUCAUUUCCUCCACCUCCUGAAGAAUUGCCACCACCGCCUAGUCCUGUCUCUUCCAGUUAUAGCGAAUUAAGACGUGCAACUUAUCAAACUGAUUUUCCUGCUGGAAAUUAUCCAAAUGACAUUUAUGGUCCAAGUUCUCAAUCUAGCUCAACAUAUGAAUCUAUAUACGAACCUAUUAAUCCUAGACCACCAUCUCAACUAUCUUGUAAUUAUUCAAUGUAUUCUGGAUAUGGAUCUGCUACUUCAACUCAACCACAAGGCAAAGUAUCUCCUGUGAAAGAAGUUGAUGUUCUAACUGAUUUGUUAGUUCAAGGAAUGUCAGAUAAUAGCGAAGAAAGUGAUAUAUAUGGUAUUUGUGCACAAUGUGGAUGUAAAGUAGAAGGAGAGGGUACAGGUUGUUCUGCAAUGGAUAAAGUCUUUCAUAUAAAUUGUUUCUGUUGUUAUGUCUGUAAAGUCAACCUACAGGGUAAACCUUUCUAUUCAUUGGAAGGUAAACCAUAUUGUGAAGAAGAUUACUUAAACACUUUAGAAAAGUGUUGUGUAUGUACUAGGCCAAUACUUGAUAGAAUAUUAAGAGCUACUGGGAAACCUUAUCAUCCAUCUUGCUUCACAUGUGUAGUUUGUGGGCAAAGUUUAGAUGGUAUACCUUUUACAGUAGAUGCUACAAAUCAGAUACAUUGUAUUCAAUGUUUCCACAAAAAAUUUGCACCUCGUUGUUGUGUGUGUAAAUUACCCAUCAUGCCUGAACCUGGCCAAGAUGAAACGGUACGCGUUGUUGCUCUGGAUCGCAGUUUUCAUAUUCAAUGUUACAAAUGUGAAGAUUGUGGUUUAGUAUUAUCUUCUGAUUCAGAAGGUCGUGGCUGUUAUCCUCUAGAUGAUCAUGUGUUAUGUAAAAGUUGUAAUGCAAGUCGCGUACAAGCAUUAACAUCUCAUAUGACUACAGAAUUAUAAAUUUUACUAAAAUUUGAUUCCAUGAUUAGAUUUUCAUAUUCAUAUAUCAUAUGUUUGAUUAAUACUUCAAACAUUUUUAAAUGCUAUUUCUAUCUAUUGUUUAAAGAAAUCAGAAUUAAAUUUAGAACUUACUUACUCCAUAGCAAAUAUAUAUAUAUAUAUAUAUAUAUAUAU